AUGGAUACAACUGGACGGAGGUUAAUAGAUGAACUAUGCCAUAUAGCAGCAUACACUCCUACUAGCCAAUUUUCCCAGUACAUCAUGCCUUAUGCAAAUGUAAACCCAAGUGCCAGGCGAAGACAUAAUAUUCGUGUUACAACUGAUGACCGUUUCAGAGUUUUGAGAAGUAAUAUAAACAAUAAGGUUAUAAGAACAAAGUCAGAAAUAUUUGGGUUAAUAGAUUUUUUGAAUUGGCUUAAAGAAGUCAAGUCAAAGUCAGAUGGAGCAGGUGUAAUUCUCAUUUUCCAUGAACCCAAGAAAAUGGUAUCUUACAUGCUCUUAGAAGCUCUUCAACGUCAUCAUUUAUUUGAAAACUUUCAUGAAAUUGUUAAGGUUUUGCAAAUGGACAUGCAUUAG